AUGGCUCCUCCUCCAAGCAUACACCAGGAGGCACGCCUCUCACCAUCGCCUGGUGUCCCUUCUCAGAUCCUCACCAUCGACACCACAUCCGAUCGUUUGCAAUCGAGUGCAUUUGCAGCUGGCCGCAAGAGAGGCUUCCAUGAGGUUGGGGGCUUAGACGAGGAGAACUACGCGCGCAAGUACCUGGCGACCGAAGGCUCCGUUUUCUUUCGGCGUCAGGAGAGAGCGCCGAGGAGCUUUCUGUGGCGUGUGCUGGAGGAUGGCAAGGUGCUCGAAGUACAGUCAGUGGACCUGGUGCACGACAAGGCGACGAAGAGCGAGAGCUGCUUGACUUUCCGAAUUACGCUGUCUCACGCCGUGAUCAAGAACGGAGUUGCGCUGGCGGAUCCCGAUGAGGUGGAUGCGCUGGAGAUAUUCGCGCUUACAACCAACAAUGACAUCUACACCAUCACUCUCAAACGCGACCUUCUGGCACGCGAGACUCCCCCAAGCGACUUCGACGCAAAAGCAUGCUUCAAGAAGUACGCCUCAAAUUCACUCGCAUUCCGCCAUCCUUACCGCUUCGUCGCUGUAAGCAGUCUUGAGCUACUCAUAUCCCUUCACGAUGGCGGCCUGAUGCGCCUAGUCCGUCAAACGAACCACACCGGGGCGCAAUGGCGCGAGACAUUUUUCAGCGAGGGGGGCUGGUCGGGUACGCUGCGUGGGUUGAUACCGCUGAGAAGAUACCAAACAAUACGAUAUGGAAACAUAGAGCUGGAGCCAAGCGCGAUAGCUGCAAUGGCGAAGAGUCCCGAUGGGAAGCACAUCUGGACCGUCAGCCUGGAUCAUGAGUUACGUGCUUGGAGUACCGAGACUGGAAAGCGAGUCGAGCAGGAGGACCUUUUAAGCGACACACCAGAGCAGGAGAGGAAGAAGCAACAGGGACAAAUGAUGAGCGCAGAGCAAGGGACUAUCCUCCAGAUCGUGACUCCGCCCGCUGCGAGCGAUGGGAGACAGCUGACUACGACGGACGGAACUCACAGCGAGGACUACUAUCUGGUGCUUCAUUCUCCGGAGGAUCACCAAUUCAAGUUCUACUACGUCAAGCCCUUUAGGAUCCCUCGGGAUGGACGACAGUUCAGCAGACUGAAAGACGUCCGUGAUGGCGAACAGCUCAUACCACCCAUCGAUGAACUAAUGGAUACGAACAUCUGGCACUUGGAGGACUUUCACAUCCAGUCUGGUGUUGAGUGGCUUAACACGAAGCUGUGGGUACGCGCGCGGUCCGGUACCCUGUGCCAGACGUUCAGCAUGACAUUCGACCUCAUGCGAACAGAAGAUGAUGACACGACAGAACAAGAUGUUGCUUGGAGGAGUGGGUGGACAGUGGUGGAGCAGGGGAACCGGACGACAGAAGGUGUUCGACAAUCUCCGAACUUCCCGGGCGAGCUCGAGGACUUUGCGGGUGCUUCGGUAACGCCAAGCGAGAGAUGGCUGGAGUUUCUCUUCAAGCCAGGCAGGUUCAGUGUGGCCUCGCUCGAGGCGGCUCUACAUAUCUACCGAAAGGGGCGGAACUUGACCUCUGGUCUUGCCGGCAGAGGUCUGAAUGCGCCAGAAGCACCGCUGAAGGAACGCCUCGCGCAAGCUGUCACGUCCAAAAUCAUCUUGCGUCGCUCAGCAAACGAUCAGCCGGACUACGAUCGAUACCAGGCCGAUAUCCAGAGUCAGUGGAAGACUUUCUUUUCCCUCCUGGCCCACCUCCAUGGCCGUCGCAACGAGACUAUUGGGUUCGCGUACGAUCCCGUCGACGAAUUGCCAUGGACUGUUGGUGCCGACUUUGUGGCUCCAAUCCGGAGGAACGACGCGCUGGAAAACAUAUCUUUGAACCCGCAUCUCGUACCCGUAGACAUAAUGCAGACGACAGAAGAGCACUUGGUCAAGGCGAUCUUCCCAGACACCGAGUUAAUGUUUCAAAGCGCCUUCUUGGCGAUGGCUAUGGACUUCUACACCUCAUUCUCUGCGGAGUUCAAGUUCAGCUUCUCGGAUACCAUUGUCGCCAAUGCUCUGGGUGCCGGGUUUGAGGAAGCAAGCUCUAACGGACAGGGGCCGAGACAUUUGUUCGAGACUACCAACAUUGGCGCAGAGGUCAUGGACGACACUUUCGAGACCCUUACGGAAAAGGCCAAUGGAUUCGAUGGGCUUGGGAGCAUCACUGCAGACUUCAUAAUCGGUCUUCUGGACCUGAUUGGAAAGCAACCAACCGGCCGACACGGUGAUAGCAAGGCCUUGAAUCGAUACGGCGAGAAGUUGGUCGUUGCUGUCGCUCAAGAGACCCUGGAGACAGAUCGCCAAAGCCUCGAUGCCAUCCUCGCCCUUGUGGUAUUCAUGCAUGGAGAUCUCGAGACGAACGAACUGGACCCCGACUUUGUCAAUCGGGUGGACGAGCUCUACGAAGCCAUCAUGUCUCGGAUCAAGAACAACCUUCUGCUGUCUUGGCUCGCAGCUAACGAGAUUCUGGAGCACACAUCUCAUCGGACCUCCCAGCACGAAAGUUCUCAGGCUGUCGAGAGCUCCACAGUCACUCUACUAGAACGUGUAGCUAUCGCCGACUGGAGCCCACGAUCGAACGGGCAUGAGCCGUUUGCCGAGCUCUUGACACUUUGGAGCAAGCAGUGGACCUUUGGAGCGCCACUUUUCGACGAGUGGGAUGGCUUCACGGCCUUUGUGCUGUCUUUCUUGAUCAAGGAGCAGAAGUACGAUCUGGCUGUGGAUUCUCAAAAGUUUCUUGGUUCGGAUCGCAACACGUCAAGCUGGACCAAGUAUUUGCAAGGCAGGCUGUUCGUUGCCAUUGGAGACUAUGCUUUCGCCGAGCAGAAGUUCCAGGCGGCGGCCACAGAUAUGGCCCAGGCGCAGAAUAUCGGCCCUGCAGAUACAGCCAUCCUGCUCACUGAUGAGGAACGCAAUCACUUCGGACAAGGGCAGACAGCUUUCUAUCAGCACGUGGCGUCUCUCUUUGAGAAGCUCAAGAUCUGGUCAUACACGGCAGAGUUCGCGAGCUUGGCUCUGGAUUGUCUAGAGAAUGGCACGGACGCCGACAAGAUUUACGAACAAGACGAGCGGUGGCAUGAUGAAGACAGCUCGCAGAUGGAGAUUAUUGAUGCCGUGAUGGAGCAGCAGAGACUUCUCAGCAGAGGCGGACCGGUGCGAGAGGAUUUGCUGAGCAGGCUGUUCAAUGCGCUGCUGCAGACCGGGAGGGUCCAUGAGGCGUUUGAGGCACUCCAUCAGCUCAAUGAUCUGCCUGUGAAGAGAGCUCAGCUUCGGAGACUACUGGAGGCUUGCGUGAAGCAGGACAACGUGCAAGAGCUGCUCGACUUACCGUUCGAGGACGCCAAUCUGGUUCAAGAAGCGGAUGCCGUACUUUUGUCUCUGGCGAAGAAGGAGUUGGCUUCUACAUCAUCUUCCGGUCGAUCGUUUUACCGGAUCCUGUACGCCUUCCGCACCCAGCGAGCCAAUUUCCGGGGCGCCGCAGAGCUGUUGUACGAGCAUCUCGAGCGACUGCGGCAUGCGCACUACAAGCAUGGCCUGCAGGAUCCCGAAGACGAAACACUGGUCGAUGCGUAUGUGCUGCUGAUCAAUACGUUGGCCUGCUGUGGAGAGAAGGAUGCGUGGCUGUUGGCUGAUCCAAUUGCGGAGGUGCAUGGGGAGAGUAAGAAGAGGCGGUUGGUUCAGAUUGCGGAUGUGAGGAGGGAGUACGGGGCGGAGUUGGAUAACAGGAGUGAUAUGCUGCAGGGGAGGUUCCCGUUGCUCCCUGCGGCUGGGGAUGCUAUGGACGUUCUCUAG